AUGUAAUAGGAUAACGAAGCUACAAGUUUAAGUAUAUCAAGAAGAGCUGCUUAUAAUUAUAUUAGACCUAUUCUUCAUGAAGAUUCUUUAGUUUAAACACCUACCACAUCAUUUCGUUCAGGUUUUAAAUAGAAUACCUAAAAACCUAGCAUUUUUAAAACUUAACUCUAAUCAAAUGAAAUAUCAAUUGAUCAAUUUCCACUUUUACAAUCAUUUGAUGAUAAUGGAAAAUACUAAUCAUAACUUAAUUAAACAAUUAGUUUCAUUGCUAAUAUUCUUAACAAAAGUUUUCAUUCCAUUAUUUCCAUUUAUGUAAUCUUAAUCUCGUUUUUUCAAUCAAUAGAACAAUUAAUUUUCUUAAGAAUAAUAGGUAUGAUAUUUUUAUUCUCCAAUAUUACACUCUGUAUUUUAAUGAAAUAAAAAGCACUGGAUUCUUCUCAAAUUACUACAUUAAUCCUUUAUGUCUUUAGUUUUAUUUUUGAAGAUUAAAUUCUAACCAUAUAUCUUUUCAUUAGUAUCUUUCAUAUUUAAAAUCUAUUUAACCUUAUAAAAGUGUCAAUCAUAAUUAUCACCAAAUAAUGUAAUAUUAUAAAAAUUAUAUAUUAGACAGUUUUACAUAGUUUUUAUUUCAAGAAUUAAUUAUACUUUUAUACACAGUGCAUUUAAAUGCAUGUUUCUUUAAAAUUUUUAUGAAUGAAUUUAUUGAUACUUACUCAACCUGGUUUAUCUAUCUUUAAUCUAUUAACAGUUCAUUCCAAAUGCUGCUAUUUGAAUUUCAAAUUGAUACUGGAUCUACCAAGAGUCAACUUACUAUUACUUUUUUUAUUAUUUUUAACAUUAACUAUUACUUGUUAAUAUUGAAAAGAUAUGAAAAAUAUCAAAAAUCAUUUUUUUUAUAUGAAGAGUUUUAACUCUUUUUAACUAAUAGAUGCAUUCAAAUUAGUAUUUCACUUUUAGAAAUGUUAAACUUUUUAUGGUUCUUACUGAAUAUUAAAAUUUAGGAUUAAUUUUUACAAUAAUUAGAUAAACUUAAAAUAUAAGUUUAUGUAGAUUAAUUAAGAAAAUGUUAAGUUCUUUAAAAGAUAUUUUCGGAACAGUUAUUAAAAGAUUUGGCAAAUGAAGUUAAAGUUAUAAAAGUUUAUAAAAAUGAAAUAGUUCUGGAUCCUGGAUUAUAUAUAAUAAUUGAAGGCAGAAUGAAAAUAUAUAUAUAGGCUGAAUUUGAAGCAAAAAAAAUUUUAAAAGUAAUUCAACUUAAUUAAUUUAGGAAGGAGAUUAUUUUGGUUUAAUAGAGAUGAUAUUGAAUAAAAAUUAAAAUUUUUUUCUUAAAUCUAUAAAAAAAGAAAGCAUAUUAAUUUAUAUUUCAGGAGAGGCUUUUCAUUGUAGAAUAAAAGAUUAUUCAUAUGAUUAUGAAAUAAUGAGAUAUAUUCAUGAUUAAAUGCUAUUUACAUUGAGUACAAAAAAGAUCAAAUAAAAAUGUUAUUUUUGUGAAGACUAUCAUCUCUCAGCUUAAUGCAAAUUAAUAAAUUUCAAACCUGAGUUUGAUUUAGAGAAAUUAAAAUAAAAUGAAUUAAAUGAUAGAUAGUAUUUUUAGAGAUCUAAUGUAAAAUAAGGGUUCUAAAUAAAAUUGAAUUCAGAAUCAUCAAAAGAUUCACAUGAAUAUGAAGAGUCGUUUGAGAUAGAUAGAGUAAGCUCUGAGAUUCCAAAUGAUAGAUAGGUAUGCAAAAAUAUUUUAGGAUCAAUUUCUUAAAUGAUAAUAUGUAAUUCUAAAAUAUCACAAGAAGGAACACCAUAAUUACAUUAAACUUAAAGUUUUAGAAUAUAGGAGAGUUAAACAUAAUAAAAUCCUAUGAAUACAACGACAUAAGGAUGGUAAAUUUUUGAUUAAGGAAAUAAAAAUGUUCCAAUAGACAAUCUACAUAAUUUUUAGUUUUAUGA